AUGGCAGGGCCAACAUGGAUGGUGAAGAUGGAGCUGCUCGGCUGGGGAUCGAGAGCUGCAAAGGCGGUCAACGACCUGGAACGGCAUGGCUGGGACAGGAUGACAGUGUUGGUACACGGACUGCCAAUUGCAGAGAAGGACCGGUUGCAUUGGCUUGCCAUGGGCAACUAUACGCCUCACGGCAAGUGGGUGAAUCGCUUCCUGACGAGAGUGACUUGCCCAACGGUGGUAGCCCUCACGGGCAU